CAGUAGCGAGCACACAGGUGAACAACACGGACCAGGAAGGACCUGAGAAAGUGAAGUACCUGCAGCGCAGAGGAGAGGAUUAGAGCAUGGCUGAUGAUGUUCGGUACUGCGCGAGGUUCUCUUAUGUCCUCCUGAAGGUUCUGUUGGUGGUUUACGCCACCGUGUUCUGGCUUAUAGGUGGCUUCAUUUUAGCCAUUGGUAUUUAUGCAGAGGUGGAACGGCAGCGCUACAAAUCCCUGGAUAGCAUCUUCCUCGCCCCUGCCAUCAUACUUAUAAUCCUGGGUUUGAUCAUGUUUAUCGUUUCCUUCAUCGGUGUGCUGGCAUCGCUCAGAGACAACCUGACACUCCUUAAAGUGUUUCUCUACACACUGGCUCUCUGUCUCAUCCUGGAGCUGCUGGGCGGAAUUCUUGCUCUGGCAUUCAGGAACCAGACUGUGGAUCUUUUGAACAAAAAUGUUCGGAAAGGCAUGGAGAACUACUAUGAUGAUCUAGAUUUCAAAAACAUCAUGGACUUUAUUCAAAGAAAGUUUAAAUGUUGUGGAGGCAUGGAAUACAAAGACUGGAAUGUGAACAUGUACCACAACUGCUCAGCGCCCGGACCCCAGGCCUGCGGAGUGCCCUACACCUGCUGUGAUCUCAAGCCAAAUGAGGUUGUGAAUACACUCUGCGGAUACAAAGCGCUUGAGAAAGAGAGACUCGAACUCGUAAACACAAUCAAUGUUCGCGGUUGCACUGAUGCCGUCUUCAUCUGGUUCAUGGAUAACUACAAAAUCAUGGCUGGGCUGCUUUUAGGCAUCAUACUUCCUCAGUUUUUCGGGGUUUUUGUGACCUGGCUCUACAUCACUCGUGUGGAGGAUGUCAUCGCUGAGUGUGCAACCUACCAGGACAGCCUGCUUGACAGUGGACGUAAUCCAAAGAAACAGGGCAGGGUGGCAAAGUGCUGCAUUUGUAUGCCAUUGAUUUAUGAAUAGGCCCUGACCUCAGUGACCGUAAGCACUGGACCAAAGAACUCCUGCUCAUAACACAGGGUAAUAUCCAUUUUAGAAUAAUGCUUUUAUAUAUGCAGUUUCAACUUACAAACAUGUUUAUAGAUUUGUAUUUCUGAUAUGUUUUUGACAAUCCUCAGGGUCCUUUAGGCCACCCUUAACAGUUUACAGUGGGUGAAGUCAGGAGUUAAAUACCUUAAAAUAUAAAGCCUUUGCAUUGCAGUGCACUGAAGUUUCUUUUUUAUGAAUGUAAGGGUAGACCAGGGAUGGCUGUAAUACUUAUAAAUUCAUAUAAAUCAAAAACAUUUACACUGGAAUAUCCAAUAGCCAAUGCAAAGCCAUAUACAAAUAAAGCUUUUUCAAAAGCUGUUUUGUAAGAAAAUACUACAUUGUGUUGAUAAAAUAAAAUAGAAUUUUAUGAUAAAAUGUGGAAUUUUUUAUCUCAUUUUCUUUUUCUUUACUUUGUUAUUCUUUUACAGCGGUUAUGUACAAUGCUGUUUUUAAUCUUGCAGUUUUUCACUCAGGUCAGAACUGUUUGUUUGAUUGCUCCUCUGGCCACUUACAAUAUGCACUGUUCAUUUUGAUUGUAGAGGUUUUGGGGUUAACACAAUUUUUAGGGUUUUGCAUUUUCAGUAUAUAUCCAGUGGUGCAUUUAUAUAUGGUGUUGAGUGUGUGUGUUUUUUUUUUGUUUGUUUGUUUUCUUUUUGUGGUGUGUAUUAUAUUACAUUUCCUUCAGUUUUACAAAGGAAUAGAUAUUUAAAAUUGUAGCUCAGGGCUUCUAUUUUCUGGCUGAAUCAGCUGCUUUGGCUUCUAAAGCUCUUAUUCUCCCCAAUUCACUGCAUGAAACACGCCGCAUCCAGGUUUAAAGCUCAGCUUUAGGCAGUAUUGCUUUAGCUUAUCAACAGUUACUGAGAAUGCUUAUCCUAAAUAUGCACUGUUUUCCGUGGCUAUCAUUAUUCUUUUGUUUAUUCUUAUAUUAAAUUAGUGAGUUUAGAGGUUGGUGAGUUAUGGUGUACUGAUGUACUGUAGGUAUAGGUAGGUAAAGGCACAAGACUCCAGGCCAAGUUUUGAAGAUCAGUACAUCAGUGCCAAUAUCUCAUGUUAUAAAAUAAGCCUCAAAUGUAUCAUUGCAGUACCACAUUUGAGUUAUGGAUAUUUUUUUGUUAUAUGUAUUGUUUGUUUGUUUGUUUAUUCCCAUUUUAGCAAGGUAAAUUAACUUUAUUCUAUUAGGCACCUCAGUGCUAAAUCAUCAUCAUUAUCAUCAUAACCAGGCUUUUGGCAACAGAAAAACAGAAGUAAACCAAAAAAAACACUUUUCUCAGGGUGUUAAAAUUGUUUUCAAAUCCAAAACCACUUGAACAGAUUUUGCAUCAUACUUAUAAACCAUCUCUCUCUCUCUCUCUCUCUCUCUCUCUCUCUCUCUCUCUCUCUCUCUCUCUAGAUAGAUAGAUAGAUAGAUAGAUAGAUAGAUAGAUAGAUAGAUAGAUAGAUAGAUAGAUAGAUAGAUAGAGAAUUUAUAAAUGGUUUAUAAAAUGCAUUUAUUGAUUAUUAAAUAGGUAAUAAAUGUUUUAAAAUCAUUAUUAAUAAGUAGUUAAACACAACUAUUAUCAAUACAUGUUACAAUCUUGAGGAUGGUUAUAAUUGGACAGGUUCAGCCUAUAAGAUUGAAGACAUUUUUUUUUCUCUUGUUUUUUAAUAGUGAAUGUUUGGCUGGAUUUGUUAGAUAUGCAUUGCAAAACCAAAAGAUUAGCUAAUAUUAAAGUCAUACUUUAACAGAUUCUUUAUUUGCUUUUCAUUUCUUUAUUAGUCUUGAAAACUUGAACCUGGUUUAAGAGAAAUAUGGACAAAACCUAAAAACAAGGUCAUAUGUUUCUCUAUGGCAGUGUCCAUGCUUCAUCAGAUGUCCUAUAAUAUAAAACAUUAUGUCUGAACAGAUUCCAGACCUGCUCAUUUAUUUUCUUGUCUUUGAUUAUCUGUAUACUGUGUAUGAAAUGUUGGACAGGAACACUAAAACCUUAUAUGGAAGUUAUAAAUGUGAUACAGUGUAAUUAAGCAACGAUCAUUUAUCUUUUACAAAAUAUAUUUAAAUAUAAGUUUAUGAAUACUUG